UUUUCACAUCUCUAACCCCGCAGCGUACUUACACGUGCGCGUCAAUUUUAGUUUAUUUGACUUGGUUUUUAAUUAAAAAAGCGUUUGAUUAUGUCGCUUUUACGCAUCAGGAAACCCAAAACCCGCAAGGGAAAGAAAGUGUUGCUGGCCAGGGAGCCGCAACUGAUUGAAUCCGCCCGCACAAUGUUGUUUUUGGACGGACGGAAGUGUGGUGGCAAUGUGAAGCUGUGCAUGAAGGAUCUGCAGGCGCUGAAGAAGCCGCUGGUUAAGGUCCUGAACCGCAAGAACGACAUUACCCCCUUUGACGAUCCCUCCUCUCUGGAGUUCUUGACCAUGAAAAACGAUGCUGCUUUGUUUACGUUCGGUUCCACAUCAAAGAAGCGGCCUGAUAACAUAGUCCUGGGCAGGAUCUUCGAGAACGAGGUGUUGGACAUGUUUGAACUGGGCAUCAAGCGGUAUCAGGCGAUUUCCGAGUUUAAGAACGAGAAAAUUGGAGCCUGCGUAAAGCCCUGCUUGGUGUUCAAUGGUCCGAAAUGGGCACAAACCGAGGAACUAAGGCGCCUUCGUAACCUGUUCAUCGACACCUUCCAGCGCGAGAAGGUAGAUUCGAUCCGUCUGCAGGGCAUUGAGCACGUUCUGAGUUUCACGGUUACCGAUGACAUGAACAUUCUGAUGCGUUCCUACCGAAUACUGCUGAAGAAAUCUGGUCAGAGGACGCCGCGCAUUGAGCUCGAGGAGAUCGGACCCUCUGCGGAUUUCUCCAUACGUCGCACCAAGAUCGCCAGCGAGGAUCUGUACAAGCAGUCACGCAAACAGCCCAAGCAGUUGAAGGUGGGCAAGAAGAAGAACAUUAGCACGGACGCCCUGGGCAACACCAAGGGACGCGUCCAUUUGGGCAAGCAACAAACAGGCUCCAUCCAAACGCGUCGUGUCAAGGCGCUGCGUAAGUCGCCUGAGGAGAAGAAGGAGAACCGGCAGCGCAAGAAGGUUGCUCUAAAGGCGGCCGCCGCCGAAGCUCUGGCCUCACAAGGAAACAAUCCCUUCUCUAGUUAAUUUUAGUUUUAAUAAAUUGGUCCUGAUUAAAAUAGCGUUAACAAGUGUA